UCUGCUCUCAGGAAACAAGCAGAGGUCGGAAGGGUUGACUUUCUUUCUCAUGGCCUGGACCUGGAUUUGGGUCUCUUCGGUGGGACUUUAUUUCCCACACUCAGCUUGGCUUCGGAUCUUGGAACCUCCUUAAAACCGUGCCGGCUGCUAUCAUGACUGAUGGCGAGAGGAGAGAACCCUUCCAGCCACUGGCGCACGACGAGGUAUGGGUGCCCAUAGCCUCUGGCCCAGCCACCGGACAAACGUUCCAGCUUCAAGGGGAGGAGGAGGAGAAAGAGGAGGAUGCCCUCAGUGCUUGCAAAUCCAUCCAGGACAGCCUGGCUUCGGCGGGAUCAUCCACCCGGGAUCCAGCCCAUGACGGAGAGAACCAGGUCCCUUACCCGGCGUUGGCCUCCACCGUCUUCUUCUGCCUUGACCAGACUACCCGACCACGCAGCUGGUGUCUUCGGCUGGUCUGUAACCCCUGGUUCGAGCACGUCAGUAUGCUGGUCAUCCUCCUGAACUGCGUCACCCUCGGGAUGUUCCAGCCUUGCCAGGACACCCGCUGCACCUCGGAGAGGUGCACCAUCUUGGAGGCAUUUGAUCACUUCAUUUUUGCAUUCUUUGCUGUGGAGAUGGUAAUCAAGAUGGUGGCCCUGGGAAUCUUUGGGCAGAAGUGUUACCUGGGAGACACGUGGAACCGCCUGGACUUCUUCAUCGUCAUUGCUGGCAUGAUGGAGUAUUCCUUGGACGGACACAACGUCAGCUUAUCCGCCAUCCGUACGGUCCGCGUCCUCAGGCCAUUACGAGCCAUUAACAGAGUGCCAAGUAUGCGCAUACUGGUCACCCUGCUGCUAGAUACUCUGCCUAUGUUAGGCAACGUUCUUCUUUUAUGCUUCUUUGUUUUUUUCAUUUUUGGGAUCGUUGGGGUGCAACUCUGGGCCGGGCUGCUGAGGAACCGGUGUUUCCUGGACGCCAAUUUCCAAAUGACAUACAACUUGACUUUCCUGCAUCCGUAUUAUCGACCAGAGGAAGGGGAAGAGAAUCCGUUCAUCUGCUCGUCCCACCGGGAUAACGGCAUGCAGAAAUGUUCUAGCAUCCCUAACCGGAAGGAGUUCAAGGUGGAAUGUACUUUGAACCUGGACGCCUACAACCCCAACUCGUACAGCUUGGACCUCAGCCACCGGAACUCUGCCUGCAUAAACUGGAACCAGUAUUAUAACAUUUGCAGGCCGGGGGACCUGAACCCGCACAAUGGAGCUAUUAAUUUUGAUAAUAUAGGCUAUGCUUGGAUAGCUAUUUUUCAGGUUAUAACCCUGGAAGGAUGGGUUGACAUCAUGUAUUACGUCAUGGACGCGCACUCUUUUUACAAUUUUAUAUAUUUUAUACUACUUAUAAUAGUUGGAUCUUUCUUCAUGAUUAACCUGUGCCUGGUUGUGAUAGCAACACAGUUUUCCGAAACGAAGCAGCGGGAGAACCAGCUGAUGCAGGAGCAGAGAGCCCGUUACCUCUCCAACGACAGCACAAUCGCCAGCUUCUCCGAGCCGGGGAGCUGCUACGAGGAACUCCUCAAGUACAUCUGCCACAUUUUCAGGAAGGUCAAACGGCGGACGUUGCGCCUGUACAACAACUGGCAGAACAAGCGGCGGAAAAAGGUGGACCCGGACGGCGGGGCCGCCGGGCCGGGCCGCCGGAGCAAAAAACACAUCACCUCCAUCCACCAUCUCAUCCACCACCACCACCACCACCACUAUCACCUCAGCAAUGGAAGCCCCCAGGGGCCCCCUCACCCCAACUCUGAGAUGGGGGACCUGGAGCUCAACGUCAUGAAGCACGGGAGUCAGCUCAUGCUUCCCCUGUCGUCUCCCAGCCUCCGGAACGCGGCGGCGGCGGCCCCCGAUUCGGAGUCCGUCCACAGCAUCUACCACGCCGACUGCCACGUGGAAGGUGCCCCGAGGAAAUGCAAGUCUUCCAGCGUCCCCGCGGGCAUCAAACUCCCUAGUCGUAGCAACACGAACUACCCCACCAUCUUGCCUUCUCCGGCUAGCAAAACCAGCCUCGCCCCGGCGCCCAAAGGGAAGAAAAACGGCGGAGGCAGUGGUGGCGCCACUCCCGUGGCCGUGGUCAACAGCCCUGUGCAUCUGAAUGUGGAUUCCUAUGGAAAGCUGCAUCAGGUGGUGGGAGAACACGGUCUUUGCCGAACCUCCAGCCGGCUGUCCGGCCUGAACACGCCGUGUCCCUUGCCAGGUCCGCAGGCCAGCAUGCUGAACUGUGAGCUCCAGAACUGCCCGUACUGCGCCAGCAUCUUAGAGGACUCUGAGUUCGAGUUCAGCGAGACAGACAGCUAUGAGUCGGGCGACGACAACACGGGAGUGUACGAGUUCACGCAGGACGUUAAACACGGGGACCAAAGGGAUCAGAUCCAGCAGCAGAGGAACAAGAAGAAGAAGAAAAAGAAACCACCCAAGGAAAGGAAUAAAAUCACCAAACUUUGGUCAGCGUUUGGAGAUAAGUUGAAGAAGACUGUGGACAGCAAGUAUUUCAACCGGGGGAUUAUGAUCGCCAUCCUCAUCAAUACGCUGAGCAUGGGCAUCGAGUACCAUGAACAGGUAGGCGAGACCUCUUUCAUGUGA